GGAAAAAGCACAGGGAUACAAGUUGUUUGUUUCAAUUAAUACGGGGCAGACAACGUGGCUGGAAAGGGAGGCAGUGAGACGUCAGACUAUCGCGGCGUGAUACAUGCUGUGUCUCAAAACCCGGUGAGCUGCCUACCGAGACAGCUUUGUUUUGGGCAUCAUACCGUCUUCGUGUUCGCUCCGGGCAGCAUUCAUUCACUGUCGCCGUUUACACACACAUGUACACUUUGUGUGAACGUGCGGUGAAGUUGAAGAUGCCAAUCUGAAUCGCUCCGAUCACGAGAUAACAAACAAGUGGUUUUCUAUGGAUUCAUUGAUUGCCACCCUGCCAAACCCCACAGCGCCUUCCGACAAACACAUCUGAGUGUUGCAAACAGGAUUGGCUUAUGUGUCCUCUCCUCAACACUCCAAUCCCAUUGGUUCAUGAAUCAGAUGGCUGCACAUGGAUAAGUCAGGUAUGAGGGGAGAUAAAAAAGAGAAAAAAUCCCAAAGACUGGUCAGCUUUUGUUAAGAAGGCUGCAGUGGAGGUGAUUGGACAGCAAACCACUUACAGCUUGGUCAGCAGAAUGCAAUCAAGUGUAUCACAGCGAGCACCAAGUUUAAUGUGAGAGCUGCCCAUAAAGAUCUAUGUUAAAUUACCCUGGACACAAAGGAAAGCCUCUCAUUUACCAUCCCAGCUCAUUGCUGAUGUAUUAGGCUCAUCUGGAUUAUUGGGACAGGGUAUUUGUCUUCAACACUGACUGGGACUGGUAGAGUUUCCAUCAUGAGACUGGUGUUGAAGUACCUGGACAAGAUGAGGUGUUUCCGAAAACGUUCGGCCAUUCCCUUCCUGGUGGCUCUCAUUACCUUCUUGCUCUUCAUAAACCUCUACAUUGAGGAUGGAUAUGUGCUGGAGGAAGAUAAACAUCAGUUGCGAGAGACCUCAAUGCAUCCUCUUAACUCUGAGCGAUAUGUUCACACCUUUAAAGACAUCACCAAUUUUUCUGAAACCAUCAAUGUGACUUAUCGAUACCUUGCUGGAACACCUUUACCUCGAAAGAAGUAUCUAACCAUUGGAUUGUCAUCUGUGAAACGAAAGCGAGGAAACUACCUGUUGGAGACCAUCAAGUCCAUUUUUGACCAAUCAAGCUAUGAGGAGCUCAAAGAGAUUGUAGUAGUUGUCCACUUGGCAGACUUUGACCUGGCAUGGUGUGAGAGCCUAGUUCAAGAAAUCUCAAGGAAGUUUGGCCACCAUAUUAUCGCAGGCCGACUGUUGGUCAUCCAUGCCCCUGAGGAGUACUACCCAUCCCUGGAUGGGUUGAAGAGAAACUAUAAUGAUCCUGAGGACAGGGUACGCUUCCGUUCAAAACAGAAUGUAGAUUAUGCUUUUCUCCUCAACUUCUGCACCAACCUCUCUGAUUUCUACAUGAUGUUAGAGGACGAUGUACGAUGCUCUCGGAACUUUCUCACAGCCCUGAAGAAGGUGGUAGCUUCAAGGGAGGGCUCGUAUUGGGUGAUGCUGGAGUUCUCUAAACUGGGCUACAUAGGGAAGUUGUACCACUCAAGAGACCUUCCCAGACUUGCCCAUUUCCUGCUCAUGUUUUAUCAGGAGAUGCCUUGUGAUUGGCUUCUUAUACAUUUCCGGGGUCUGCUGGCCCAGAAGGAUGCCAUCCGCUUCAAGCCGUCACUUUUCCAGCACAUGGGAUACUAUUCCUCUUAUAAGGGUGCAGAGAACAAACUCAAGGAUGAUGACUUUGAGGAAGACUCCCUUGACAUCCCAGACAACCCACCUGCAAGUCUGUACACCAAUAUCAAUGUGUUUGAGAGCUAUGAUGCUGCCAAAGCAUACAGUAGCGUGGAUGAGUACUUUUGGGGCAAAGCUCCAUCGACCGGGGACUUUUAUGUUAUAGUAUUCAACAAAGAAACAAAAAUUAGCAAAAUCAAGAUCAUCACAGGAACAGAUGAUCGGCAGAAUGAUAUUUUGCGUCAUGGAGCUCUGGAAGUGGGUGAGAAAUUAAUAGGAACAAAGAAGGGAAGGCAGUGCUCCUCCUAUAUAACGUUAGGGGAGUUUAAAAAUGGAAACAUUGAGGUUCACAAUGUGGACCACAAGAUUGCUUUUGAUAUUGAGUGUGUUCGUAUUGUGGUAACAGCAAGUCAGAAAGAAUGGAUUAUCAUUAGAAGCAUUAGCCUCUGGACUACACAAGGGGCAAGUCAAUGAGAACUUUAUUGAACCCUAGUUAAAGGCACAACUGUCAACGGUUUUAUUUAUCUAUUUAUUUAAUUAUACAAUGUCUAAAUUAUUUAUUCAUUCUUAUGAGAGAAAUCUUUAUUUAUUCAUUAAACUUUUGUUAAAGCCAAAUUUCAAAGGGGGUUUCGAACAGUUCUGACAUAAACAAGAUUUAUUUUAUAAAGACAAUUAGCGCACUCAUCCUUAUGCCUCCCUUUUCCAUUGUUACACCAUAAUGUUUGCUCCUCAGCUAAAACU